UGCACAGUCCCGCGCAUCGGAGCCCCUCCAGCAAGGCAAAGGGCUCUGCAGGGGAUGGCAUGGGACAGGCAAGGGUUAGGCCUGACUCCCCUCCUUGUCCCUGUCCCUGUCCCCCAACCUCAGGAGGGUCCGCAGUGGCUCUACGUGUGGGACUUCGAUGGGCUGCUGCGCGAGUCCCAGCGGGAGGUGCUGCUGUUGCAGAGGCAGAUGGCGCUGCGCAACCAGCGGGAGACGCCCUCCCUCCCGCUGUCCCGGCCCCUGGCCCUGCUCUCCAGGCCAGAGCAGGGGCGCCGGCUCCCGGGCCCCGGGAGAGGUGAGCGCCGGCGCCAAGGGCAGGCAGGGAUCUCUUGCUGGCUGAAUGAUGAGGCGGGAACCUGCUCUGGACAGGCUGCCCUGGGGCCCUGUUCUCAGGUGCCAGCCCCUUGCCCCUGGGCAUUUCCAGGCCACGCCCCAGGAGGAUGCGGACAACCUACCCGUGAUUCUAGGGGAGCCAGAGAAAGAGCAGAGGGUGCAGCAGCUGGAAUCGGAGCCCAGCAAGAAGCGAAAGAAAUGCCAGAGCCUGGAGCAGGAGGCCCGGAAAAAAGCAGAGGCGAUGUGAGGAGCUGGAACUGCAGCUGAGAGAAGCGCAGAACUGGUGGAGGAGAUCUCCCGGCUCAGUGGGAGAGCCCCAGAGAAGGAGCAGGUGGAAUGGGAGAAUGCGGAGCUGAGGGGCCAGCUCCUGGGGAUGACACGGGAGAGGGACUCAGCCCUUCGCAAGAGCCAGGGCCUGCAGAGCAAGCUGGAGAGCCUGGAGGAAGUGCUGAAGGUGAGGGGAUGGUGCAGGUGGGAGAGGGUGCUGGGCCCUGGCAUGGGGAGCAAGUGGGACAGCAGAAUCUGCUUAGUGAGGGGCACUAAGGCCUGGGCCUGGAGCUGCUCCAGGCUCAGUUUCCUUUGUAAUAGAGGAAUCUGGAGCAAAUGGUGUUUGAGGCGUCCUCAUCUCAGAUCUUCUCUAGAAAUGGCCAAGUGGGGGCUCUGUCCUUGACUCGGAUCUUGUGUGUCAGCACCUUUGGGAGGUGGCCCAGCGGCGGCGGCAGCUGGAGGUGGAGCAUGAACAGGCUCGGCUCAGCCUACGGGAGAAGCAGGAGGAGGUCCGGAGGCUGCAGCAGGUGGGGCGGCAGUGAGGGAAGCUGGCAGGCUGCUGGACACCAGCGUUGCCACUCACUCAUUCCACAAGCAUUGACUGUGUGCCCGGCACUGCGCUAGGCGUCGGGGAGACUGUGGGGAACAAAGACCAGGUCCCUGAGCAGUCACAGUGGCUCAUGUCUGUAAUCCCAACAGUUUAGAAGGCCAAGGCAAGAGAAUCACUUGAGGCCAGGAGUUCAAGACCAGCCUGGGUAACACAGCAAGACUCUGUCUCUUAAUAAUUGUUUUUAAAUUAGCUGGGCAUGGUGGCAUGUGCCUAUACUCCCAGCUCCUCAGGAGGCUGAGGUGAGAAGAUCAUUUGUGCCCAGGAAGUCAGGGCUGCAGUGAGCUGUGAUCAUGCGACUGUACUCCAGCCUAGGUGACAGGGCAAGACCCUGUCUCAGAAAAAAAAAAAAUUUAAAAGUACUACAGCCAUGAUGUAUAUUUAAUUUCUUAAAUCUAUAUUUAGGAUAUUCUGUGUUCAUAAACAAGAUAGAUCUGUCAUAAUGUUUUCUUGUCCUGUCCUAGUUUGGGUGACAAGAUUAUUCAAGUCUCAGACAUUGAAUUGGGUUGCUUCUCUUUUUCUGUACUUGUAAUUUAUUUAUCAGCUUCACAUGCAGUAAGUGCUUUGAAUGUAAGUAUCUGUGUCUUUCUUCAGUCCUAGAAAAUUUAUAGCCAUUAUUUGUUCUAUCACUCAUGGUCUCUAUUUCUCCACACAUCUUCCCAACCCCGGGGUAUUCUUAUGAAUAGACACUGAAACAUUUGACCCCAUCCUCCAUGUAUAACUUUUCUUUCAUUUUGCUCGUCUCUCUUAUCCCUUUGUGCAGCACUCUGCGGGAAUUCCUUACCUCAGAUUUCAAGCUUACUAAUUGUAUCCAACUAUGAAUUAUAUGCUCUUCACCCAUAUAUUGAGUCCUUUUUUAACAAGAAUAUAUGUAUUUUUUGCGAGAUCUGUAUUAGGAUCUUUUUCAUAACUACUUGUUCUUGUUUCCCAGAUGCAAUUCCUUCCUGUGUUUCUCCAACAAUAACUGUAGACUUUUUAAAGUUUUCUCCUAAUGCUUUAUUGACUUGUGUAUAUUUUUCCAUUUCCAUUUGUUGUCUCUCUUAGUGAAGUUGGCUUUCCUCAAAUA